AUGCCGCCCCCACGCAACCCCGCCACCUUCCGGCCCCGGCAGCCGCAGCGCUCGGCCGGCCACGUGGGCCGCGGGCCCCGCCCCUCUGCGCCCGCCCCGGGAGCCGCACUUGGCCCGCUGCUCCUCAGCCCGCACUUCGGCGGCCCUUGCGCCUCGGUCCGUCACGGCGCAGAGCCGCAGGCGCAGCCCGGGUCGCCCGUCCCCCGGCCCGUGGGGCCUCCGCGGCGCGUGCGGCUCCUUCGGCACGGGCCGCAGUACUCACACGCCAGCCAAGGACGCGCUGACCAAAGAAGAGAGUUCGGCGGCGCGAGACGGCUGAGGAAAGAGAGGCCACGCCGCGGCCGCCGACCCCCGCUUGGGCGCUCCGCACAGCCGCCGCGGCCUCCCGCGCCCGCCCCGUCUCCCGCCGCGCGGCCCCGCAUGGCGGUGAAGAUGGCCUUCCGCAAGGCCUACUCCAUCAAGGACAAGCUGCAGGCCAUCGAACGCGUCAAGGGCGGCGAGCGGCAGGCCAGCGUGUGCCGCGACUUUGGCGUGCCCGGCGGCACGCUGCGCGGCUGGCUCAAGGACGAGCCGAAGCUGCGCUGGUUCCUGGAGCAGCUGGGCGGCGAGGUGGGCACGCAGCGCAAGAAGAUGCGACUGGCCAACGAAGAGGAGAUCGACCGCGCCGUGUACUCGUGGUUCCUGGCGCUGCGCCAGCACGGCGUGCCGUUGUCGGGGCCGCUCAUCCAGGCGCAGGCAGAGGCCUUCGCGCGCCAGAUCUACGGGCCCGAGUGCACCUUCAAGGCCAGCCACGGUUGGUUCUGGCGCUGGCAGAAGCGCCAUGGCAUCUCCAGUCAGCGCAUCUACGGCGAGGCCGAGCCCCCGGCUGCCGGCCCUGCGCCCGGCCCGCCCGUCAAGCAGGAGCCAGCGCAGCCCCCAGGCGCCGGCCCCCCGCCGGGCCGCGCCUCUGCACCGUCUUCCCCCGCCGAGGGUGGCUACGGCGACGAGCAGAUCUACAACGCCAACGUCACCGGCCUCUACUGGAAGCUGCUUCCGGAGCAGACUGCGCCUGUAGGUGCGGGGGGCUGCAGUCGCCGCUGGCGGGGCGACCGGGUGACUGUGCUGCUGGCCGCUAACCUGACCGGCAGCCACAAGCUGAAACCGCUGGUCAUUGGGCAGCUGCCGGACCCGCCCAGCCUGCGCCACCACAACCAGGACAAGUUCCCAGCCUCGUACCGCUACAGUCCCGACGCCUGGCUCAGUCGCCCUCUGUUGCGGGGCUGGUUCUUCGAGGAGUUCGUCCCGGGCGUCAGGCGCUACCUGCGCCGCAGCUGCCUGCAGCAGAAGGCCGUGCUGCUGGUCGCCCACCCACCCUGCCCGAGCCCGGCCGCCAGGAUGCCUGCCCUGGAGGAGAGCGACGAGACCCCCAGGCGGUGCCGGCCUGAGCCUCUCGGCUCCCCGGAGGAGCUGCAGACCCCUGAUGGGGCUGUCCGGGUGCUGUUCCUGUCCAAGGGCAGCAGCCGGGCACACAUCCCUGCCUCACUGGAGCAGGGUGUGGUGGCUGCCUUCAAGCAGCUGUACAAGCGGGAGCUGCUGCGACUGGCGGUGUCCUGUGCGGGGGGCUCCCCGCUGGACUUCAUGCGCAGCUUCAUGCUCAAGGACAUGCUCUACCUGGCCGGCCUCUCCUGGGACCUGGUGCAGGCAGGCAGCAUCGAACGCUGCUGGCUGCUGGGCUUGCGGGCGGCUUUCGAGCCCCAGCCGGAGGAGGAGUGUGUUGGGCAGCCAUCAGGCCAGGCUGAGGAGGCGGCUGAGCACAGCAGGGUGCUCAGCGACCUCACGCACCUGGCAGCCCUGGCCUACAAGCGCCUGGCACCUGAGGAGGUGGCCAAGUGGCUGCACCUGGACGAUGAUGGGGGCCUGCCCGAGGGCUGCCGGGAGGAGGCAGGCACUGGCCGGCCCCCUGUGCUGUCCCCUGUGGCCCUGCCACCCCCCACCAGCCUACCCUCUGUCAUGGAGGAGGAGGAGGAGGCCCCCAUGCCCACCGCUGGGGAGGCUGUUAGGGGUCUAGAGACCGCUCUGCGGUGGCUGGAGAGCCAGGACCCCCGGGAGGUGGGGCCACUGAAGCUGGUGCACCUGCGCUCACUGAUCAGCAUGGCCAGGAGGCUGGGGGGCAUUGGGCCGUCUCCCACAGUCCCCGACAAUGGGGUGUGACCAAGCCAGCCCAAGCGGCCCCCUAGAGGCCUUUGUCCUGCUGCACCUGGAGGGAAGGGGACACACAGUCUCCCCCUCUGCUGUACUCCCCUCCCCUGGGGUGGCCCCAUGACUUGGGUUCCAGGGAACCCAUCCCAGCCUGGCUUGGAGGGGCUGUCUAUUGGUGAAGGGUCAUCCUGAGGGGACUGGAGGAAAGGUCCCCCAGGCUCAUGCUGCUCCCUGGGCAGGCAUCCAUGUGGGAUCUGUGGUCUGAGCCAGGGCCCCUCCCACGCACACCUGCACUCACACACCACAGCACUUACCAGAGUGCAGUUCACUGUGCUCCGUCCUGGCCCUGUGGGCUGAGGCCACCAGCCCUCCCCUCCCACUCCUGUAGCCUGUCACUUGCACUGGACAAGGGCCCAGGACUCUUGUCCACUCCGAGCCCUGGUGCUGCGUAGUUCCCACACCACAGCCACAUGGUCAUCUCAGUGAGAAGGUGCACCACUCAGUUUUGUUUUUAGCGCAUUAAAUCUGUUUUUACAGAUACUCUAGGUCAGGGUGGGGUCUCAGUCCUCAUCGUGGGCCCAUUUUUGCUGGAUGGCUCCAUGGGCUGGGAAGGGGACGGUGCCCAGCACUUGGGCUUCCUGAGGUUCUGGAUGCAGCAAGGUGUAGAUUUCUGUUCCACUUGAGUUUCUAAUUUUCCUUAAGAAAAUACAUUUUCUGAACAACUCUC